ACAAAGACGGACGUAAAGCGCCGAGCUGUGACACGAAGAAGGAGCUUGUGUUCUUACUCGGUAGAAAAUGGCUCAAGGCUCAAAGAAAUUUAAGGCUCAGCGUCCUGGAGGGUCCAAGAAACACCAACAAAACAAACAAAAAGGACCGAAGAAAGGAGGGAGGAUUAUUGCACCUAAGAAGGCUCAAGUAGUUCAACAACAGAAGCUAAAGAAGGGCCUGGAGGUUGCCAUCAGGAACAAGAUUGAGCAGGAAGUGACCCAGAAGGCCAGCUCCUCCCUCCACAAGCCCCUGGCUGUGGUUAAAGGUGCUGAGGGGAAAGCAAAGCCCGCCGCUGCCCGCCCUGGAACCAGCUCCAAAUAGGAACUACCACCUCGGGUCUCACUUUAAUGGAUCCUCUGCUGGGGCUGGAGAGAAUUUAUUCAAACAGACUUUGCUGUUUUAUGUUCAGCGAGGUUCUGUCCCCCUUCAGUCACUUUACUGUUUUUGUACAAUUAAAAAGAAGGUGAGAUAAAUGCUUUGUGCUUCUGUUUUCCGUAGCAGAAGCAUAUCCAGGCUGUUUUCAGCCUGGAUAUUUUAAUGUUUACAGAAACGAACAUGCACACAUACCUGAAACUAAAAUAAAACCAACCAGAAUAAA